AUGUCGGAGGCUGCCCCCGCCUCCGUCUCCCCCAAGCCCCCGUGUCUCAGCACGCCGCGGGCUGCCAAGUACCGAAAGCUCUUGCAGAAAAUCCAGCCCCACACUGUGAUUGUGGAAGAGGCAGCAGAGAUCCUGGAAGCUCACGUUCUAACCUGCCUCACGCCGGCCUGCAAGCACCUCAUCCUGAUUGGAGAUCACCAGCAGCUGCGGCCCAAACCCGCCGAUUACACCUUGGAGAAGAAGUAUUUCCUCGGCAUCUCCCUGUUCGAGCGCAUGAUAAAUAAUCAGAUCCCCUAUGUGCAGCUGCUCUAUCAGCACCGCAUGCGCCCAGAGAUUUCCCAGCUGCUGGUGCUGCUCUUUUACAAACAGCUCAAAGACCACGAUGCCGUUGCUGAAUAUGAACAGAUCAAGGGCGUGGAGAGCAGUGUCUUCUUCAUCCAGCACACAGCGGCCGAGAGCCACAGCGCUGACUCCGAGAGCUACAGCAACAGGUUUGAGGCUGCCUUCCUUGUGUCGCUGAGCAGAUACCUCCUAGAGCAGGGAUACCACAAGAGCCAAGUCACCAUUCUGACCCCCUACCACGGCCAGGUGCUGAAGAUCCGCACGCUGAUGAGGAGCAGGGACAUGGGAGACGUGGCUGUCCAUGCCGUGGAUGACUUUCAAGGGGAGGAGAAUGACAUCGUUCUUCUCUCGCUGGUACGAAGCAACAGAGAAGGGAGGAUUGGUUUCCUCCAGGAUAAAAAUCGGCUCUGUGUGGCUCUCUCACGGGCCAGGAAGGGCUUCUAUUGCAUUGGAAACCUAGCUGGCAUUGCAGCUGGCUCCAACAGCAAACUGUGGAAAGAUAUUCUACGUCUCCUAAAGAGAAAGAAACUUACGGGGGAAGGGCUGACACUGGUGUGUCAAAAUCACCCCGAUACCAAGACAGUGGUGAAGGAGAGUUCGGACUUCAGUAAAAUCCCUGACGGAGGCUGCACGCUCCAGUGCCAAAUCCGGCUGGAAUGCGGCCACCCCUGCACGCGCCGCUGCCACCCGUCCGACAGGGAUCACAGCCUGUACGUUUGCCAGUUCCAGUGCUCCAAGCUGUGUGAGCUCAACCACAGGUGUCCGAGAAAGUGCAAGGAACCUUGCGAACCUUGUUCCGUGGAAGUGGAAAAAGUCAUUCCAAAGUGUGGGCACCUCCAGACCGUCCCCUGUCACAUGCCAGCUGAUCACUGGCUCUGCCAGGAGCCGUGCAAGCAGCUUCUGGAAUGCAAACACCCAUGCACACGCCGCUGUGGGGAAGCCUGCAGCACCUCCAGGUGCAAGGAAAUGAUUGACAUCACUCUGCCCUGUUCUCACGUAAUGAGAACUGACUGCUACAAGCAGAAAAUGCCUCCGAUCUGCCCUGAGACAUGCAACCAGAAACUUGAGUGUGGACACCACUGCAAAGGAAACUGCUAUGAAUGUGUGCAGGGCAGGCUGCAUGUCCACUGCCGUAACAAGUGCACGAGGGUCCUUCUGUGUUCCCACCAGUGCCAGGAAUCGUGUUUUGAGAACUGUCCUCCAUGCAAGAGAAAGUGCCCCAACCAGUGCAGACACAGCCGCUGUGAUAAGCCAUGCGGGGAGAUCUGUUUUCCCUGCAUACAGCCCUGUUCCUGGAAAUGCAGGCACUACCGGUGCACACAGCUGUGCUCCGAGACGUGUAAUCGCCCCCGCUGCAGUGAGCCCUGCCAAAAAUCACUCAAAUGCAGCCACCCCUGCGCAGGCCUCUGUGGAGAGCCGUGUCCGCCCAAGUGUCGCACGUGCCACGGAGACGAGCUGGCCGAGAUUUUCUUUGGGGCCGAAGACGAGCCGGAGGCCCGUUUCGUGGUCUUAGAAGACUGCGGACACAUUUUGGAGGUGCGGGGCCUGGAUCGCUGGAUGGACGGCGAGCCAGACCAUGCUCAGGCCCAACACGUCCAGCUGAAGGUGUGCCCCAAAUGUGCGACACCCAUCCAGCAUAACACGCGUUACAACAACGUGAUCAAGGCCAUCCAGCAAAAAAUCAAGGAGAUCAAAUUGAAGAUUCAGGGAAACAGGGAAGAACUUGAAGCUGGAAAGCGGCAACUGCUCCUUCGGCUGAACAGCGACCGAGACCUCGUGGCCUGGGCGGGUAUGGAAAGAAGCAUUCUGAGCACUGUCUCCCGUCAGAGCCUUCUGGACUUGGAGAACACCCUUAAUUUCUUUGCAAGUCUCUCCAGACUGAAGCAACAAGCGAAGAAGUGCACAGCGGCGAGAGAACGCAAUCUGAAACGGAAGAUUGAGGCUGUGGAGCACUGGAUCGGCAGAAACAGACACGCCUUCACAGCUCAGCAGCUCAGGGAAUGCAGGAAUGAGAUCAAGAGGAUAUCGUACCUGGGAAACAUCUUUGAGCGGCUGAGUGGCUACGAAAACAAACAAGCAUCGUUCUCCACCGAGGCUGUGGCACUUGCUACUGAAGCCAUAGGCGUCCUCCAGCGGCAGGACCCUUUCACCCAGAGUCGGGAGGAAUCUCUCCAGAGGGUGCUGGAGAAGAUCGAUGCGUGGCUUCCUGCUGCAGGACUGCAGCUCUCCGAGGCAGAGAGGGUCAUGAUAACAGAGGCCAUGCAAUUCGGCAGGGGCCACUGGUACAGAUGCCCUCAGGGCCAUUUGUACACGAUUGGGGAAUGCGGCCGGCCAAUGCAGCAGAGCAGCUGCCCCGAGUGUGGAGCUACCAUUGGGGGGCAAAACCACGCUCUCACUCGGGAGAACGUCGCCGACGAUCAAAUACUGGAACCCGCUAGCGCACAGGAGCGAGAACCACGUCUACAGGAUAGUAUCUUAGCGCUGCCCAGCUCCAGCGAUCAGCCAUGGUCGCCCACCUGCUGCCCACCCAGCCCCCACCCCCCGCCGGACUCACCGCCCCCUCGCCCGCCCAUCCCCCACCCUCAGCCGGUCUCAUCACCCCCUGAGGCACCCAGCCCCCACCCUCAGCCGGACUCACCGCCCCCUCGCCCGCCCAGCCCCCACCCUCAGCCGGACUCACCGCCCCCUCGCCUGCCCAGCCCCCACCCUCAGCCAGACUCACCAAUGCCUGCCAGCCUUGCUAACCCCACACCCACCCAGCCCCCCCUGCCAGUUGGCCUUGCCAACCCCCUGCCUGCUGUCAGGCACCGCAGGCCUCGAACCCAGGCCCGUGGGCGUGCCAAGCAGGAGCCUUACUCUUUGCGCCACCGCGCGGCAAGGCAGGGAAACCGCUGCUAA